AUGCCUCAAGAAUUGGGAGUUCUAAACGCACUUGAUGUUGCAAAGACCCAAUGGUACCAUUUCACAGCCAUCAUCAUAGCUGGAAUGGGGUUCUUCACCGACGCCUACGAUCUUUUCUGCAUUGCAGUGGUGUCGAAAUUGCUCGGUCGGAUAUACUACUACACACCAGGGUCUCUUCGGCCGGGGUCACUUCCUCCGAACGUGUCGGCUGCGGUGAGCGGAGUGGCACUAUGUGGAACGCUGGCGGGGCAGCUGUUCUUCGGGUGGCUGGGUGACAAGAUGGGAAGGAAGAAAGUGUAUGGUAUAACGUUGGUUCUGAUGGUGGUAUGUUCAUUUGGGUCAGGGCUUAGUUUUGGGCACUCGGCCAAAGCAACAAUGACGACUUUAUGUCUAUUUCGGUUCUGGCUUGGGUUUGGGAUUGGUGGUGAUUACCCACUUUCCGCCACAAUUAUGUCUGAAUAUGCAAAUAAGAAAACUCGUGGGGCUUUUAUAGCAGCUGUUUUUGCCAUGCAAGGAUUUGGAAUUUUGGCUGGUGGGAUCGUCGCUUUGAUUGUUUCAG